GACGGAAGGGGGAAUCAGACUACGAGCCGCCAUACCUCUUAUUUUACACUUUAUACCAUUUCAUGCACGUUGUAUACAAAACUGUAUAGUCAGAAGGUCAGACAGAGAGCAGCGUAUUUGUUUCUCGGUCUUUUCGAACGAAUACGAAACGAAUAAAUGGCAGACUUACUAAAAUUACUUCUUACACUUUUCGCCGGUCGAAAACAGUUCCUAUUACACGCGUACUAUAUACCUGCAACCAGCUAUAACCGGUCGUUUUAAUCAGAACCAGAACGAACGACGUGAAAUAACAUACAGUCCUCAUAUUUUAAUCCUAUAGAAAUGAUAGACUUGAUAUUAUCAGGGAACAGUGUCUUCGUGUGGAGUGCAGAAGACUGGUUAAAACUUAGAAGAGAUCACAGAAUAAUCGGGGAACUGAUAGGUUGCCUCCCAAAAAAACCCAGGCAAGAUGUACUUUCUGGACUUCCAAUGCUAUUGCAAUCGGAAGAAGUGACUCUGUUACUCAAGAAGAACAUCGCAAGGCUCGUACGAUAUCCAUGUUUAAAGGAGCCACCUUCCGAUUCAUUGAGACAAGUUUUUGAGGAGUAUAGAAAUGAAUUGUACAUAAAACAAGAGAAAUGUUUAAGGAUGGAAAGAGAGAAACAAGUGAUCGGAAUGAUGGACAGGAUAGUCGAAGGUAAAAGGAGGAAGAUACUUGGAAUGGAUACGAGAAAGAAGAGAGCCGGCAAGCCGUUAGACCCGAAAGCACAGAAAGAAUUAAAUAAUGUAGAAAUAAAUAAGCAAGAGCUGCUGAAGGAAGAGAUGGCUAAACUACCUAAGUUAGAAAGAACUGAAGCUCUGAUUCAAACUCAUACUGUGUAUCCAUGGGCAAACAAGGACGACGUGGAAAUAGUAAAAUGGAAUCAUCCUUCCAAUGAUAAAGAAAGACUUCGAUAUGAAACGUACAAAGAUCUAUGGGAAAGGGGAUACUAUAUAACGGGAGGUGAUAAAUUUGGAGGAGACUUUUUAGCGUAUCCUGGAGACCCUAUAAUGUUUCAUUCCCAGUUCAUAGUCACGUGCAAAGACAAGAACGAAGAGAUCGCACCGACCGAACUCACGGCUCAGUGUCGAAUCGCAUGUCACGUGCGAAAGACACAAUUGUAUACUUUCUUUCUCGAAGAUCGAGACACAGUCAAAUAUCAGUCGUUUCAGUGGGCAGAGAACGUCGGAAUUGGAAGUGUUUGAAAAAAACGUUCGAUACGGUCAGAUUUAUUUUCUAUCGCAGAUGAACAUCACCUGUACAUUCAAACUGUGUCGACCAGGAUGAACUUAUUGUCUUGUGGAUUAGGGAUGACAUUAAAAUGCUUUUUAUAUAUAACACUA